AGGACCGCAGCUGAAUGCACAGCUAGAAGGUUGGCUUUCACAAGUACAGUCUACAAAAAGACCUGCUAGAGCCAUUAUUGCACCCCAUGCAGGAUAUACGUACUGUGGGUCUUGUGCUGCUCAUGCUUACAAACAAGUGGAUCCUUCUAUUACCCGGAGAAUUUUCAUCCUUGGGCCUUCUCAUCAUGUGCCCCUCUCUCGGUGUGCACUUUCCAGUGUGGAUAUAUAUAGGACACCUCUGUAUGACCUUCGUAUUGACCAAAAGAUUUACGGAGAACUAUGGAAGACAGGAAUGUUUGAACGCAUGUCUCUGCAGACAGAUGAAGAUGAACACAGUAUUGAAAUGCAUUUGCCUUAUACAGCUAAAGCCAUGGAAAGGUCAAAGGUUCCGUUACAGUUACUAUGAUGAAUCCCAGGGGGAGAUUUAUAGAUCCAUUGAACAUCUAGAUAAAAUGGGUAUGAGUAUUAUAGAACAAUUAGACCCUGUAUCUUUUAGCAAUUACUUGAAGAAAUACCAUAAUACUAUAUGUGGAAGACAUCCCAUUGGGGUGUUAUUAAAUGCUAUCACAGAGCUCCAGAAGAAUGGAAUGAAUAUGAGCUUUUCCUUUUUGAAUUAUGCCCAGUCAAGCCAGUGUAGAAACUGGCAAGACAGUUCAGUGAGUUAUGCAGCUGGAGCACUCACGGUCCACUGACGCUCUGAGUCCUCAGGGAUGCCAUCUGCACAUACCAUACUCUGUUCGGGGUCCCAGCCCAGCCCUUACCAAGAUGCUGGUCCUGGUUUGGGGGGAUUCUGAAACCUCAAACUAAUAGAACUUUCUUCUCUUCUUUUCUAGUAGGUGUAGUCCUUCCUUAAUUUCAACUCAUUACAAAAUGCUUUAUAGUUUAGGGCAGUGGAAGGAAGGCUGGCAUCAAAUAUUUUGAUCAAAAAAGAUGGCAGUGUAAAGGCCCAGUGUGGCAGCUUUUUGAAAGUAACUUGUAAAGCAUCUACCAUCUCCUAAAUUUGCACUCUUUGCAGACUUGUGCACAUAUAUUCCGCUUUCAGAAUAGUUUUGCAAAUUGUACACAAACAAACAAAAAAAGGUGGAAGCUUUUUAAUAAAGAAAAUGCAUUUAUAAAUGAUCUGUAUUAGAAUAUAAUAAAUCUCCAGUUAUAGUCAAUUACUACCCGUGUUGUACAACAGAUACCUUCUAUUUUAGUUGCUAAUAAAGGGCUACACAACUCAAAAUAGUCUGAUUUAAACUUAUUGCUCUGUGGUAUAUAAGAAAAAUUUUUUUUUUUUAUUAAUUCCAUCUCAGAAUUUUUAUGUUAAAAGUGGUAAACUUCAGCUCUUAUAUAAAAACAUGUUAGGAUGUAUUUUAUAUUUUGCAUAUUUAUGUGAUUUUUUUAUCACAGAUAUUAGAAUCAUAUUUUAAAGUUAGCUUUUAAAAUUACAUACAGUUUGCCUUUUUGUGUGUGACAUCACUUUGUGUCAUUACUAUAUUGUAUAUUCGAGAUUGGUAAAAGAACACAGAUGUAGUCCUUUACUUCAAAGAUUGUGUUUGAUAGGCAGUAGUCUGCAAAUGAGGAAACAUUGAAGAGUGUUCUUGGAGUUUUUCAAAUCAUUGCAGACCAUACACUGCUGCUAUACUUUUUUAGUGCUUUAAGCAAUUUGACUCUCUUACUUGAAUUUUUAGCAAGAAAUCAUUAACGAUACCAACAACAAAAAGCCACUGGAUUUUCUUAACAGUUCUACAAUUUUUUUUGUCAUGAUUUUUGGUGCGGCUCUUCCAACUAAAAUAAUGGUAUGGUGUUGUAUUUCUUUCUUUAGCAUAGACCAAUUUUAGUCAUUUUGGGGAAAAAUGUAAUUCAAUUAGUUAAUUAUUGGCCACCAUGCAUGUACUAGAUUAUACCUAUUUUUAAUCUAACACUGGGUAUCUACAUUACAUUGGAGAGCGUUUAUAUCUUCAAUGUUAUGCCAGAAUAGCACAAUUUUUAGAUGCCUUGCACCAAUUUUAUUUAAAGAUUUGCAUUUUUUAUUACUAAAUAUCAACUUUCUAUACUCAAGAAUUAAGAUAAAAUAAUGCUAUCUUUUGGAUUCAAAAUUGCCCACUUAUACAUGUGUGGAAAUGAUACUCUUACAUAUUACUAAUUUAUUUCCCAUCAUUUAGAUAUACUUUUGAGUGCUAUAAAUAUUUAUUCCUUAUUUAUUAUAUAGACUAUAAAAAUUUCAAAAUUGACUAUAGAGUGAAUUUUUAAUGUUUUCUGAGUAUAAAAACUAAUACAUGAUUAUUAUGGAAAAUUUAGAAAAUACUGAAAAGUAUAAAGAAGAGAAAAAAAUUACCUUCAAUCUCACUAUCCAGAGAUAACACUGUUAAUAUUUUUUGUAUUUCCUUUCGGUCUUUGUCUAUGCUAUUUAUAUGUAUGAGUGUGUACAUGUGUUUGUGUGUAUGCAUAAUAACAAUAUUGAGAUUAUACUGACCAUAUAGUUGUAUACCCUACUUUUUAUAACUUAACAUCGUAAGUACUUCCCCAUGUCUUUGAAAAUGUGAUUUUUUUAUGGCUGCCUAAUAUUCUAUUGUAUGAAUAUACCAUAAUUGAACCCGUUUCUCUCUUUGGAUAUUAGAUUGUUUCUAAUAUUUCACAAUUAUAAAUAAUAGUGGGAUGGACAUCUUUGUAUGUGAAAUUUGAACUCUAUGUUAGACUAGUUCUUUAGACUAUUAUUCAUGGGAAUGGGAUAAUUGGUUUAGAUGCUAAGAACUGUUCAGGCUUUUUAAAAUAUGGCCAAAUGACCCUUCAGAAAGUUUGUGCCAAAUUAGCAAUAUAUGAGUACUCAUCAUACUAUUCUUCCUCCACUAUCGAUUAUGAUUUUUUUCUAAUCUUUGACAGUUUGUUAAGCAAAUAUUUGGUUGUUCUUUUGAUUAUUCUAAUAAGAGUGGCUUUACAAUGAAUCUUUUUUUUCCUUCUGUAAUUUUAUAGUUGAUGAAUUAAUAAAAAACACAAGUGGGUUGCCUAGGUUGAGUGGGCAGUAGCCUUAUGAGUAUGUUUACUAUACAUUUAAAAUGCUAGAAUAUUUCAACAUCACUCCACCCUUUCCUAGAAUAGAAGCAUCUUUCAUACUCAGCUAUUAAGUAGAAAGAGUUCCAAACUGAUAGUUGAGUGUUGGGUUCUAGCUCUGCCUCUGCCACUAAUUAAUUCGCUCACUAUAAAUAUUUCAUGUUGUAGCAAAACUUUCUCAUCUGUAAAAUGUGGAGGUGAUCUCUUAAGCACUUUCCAGUUUCAACCUACUUUAAUGUUGUGACUUGACUCUUCAGAGAUUUUGGUGUCACUUAUAUUAAAAAGAUACAUGAUUGAAUUAGAUUAGAAAUAUUAUCUUUUGAUUUUAACUCCACAUACAUGUAAAUGAAAGUUUUAACACAAAAAGAAAAUUAAUUUGCAUUAUUUAAUGUGGUUGAUAUUACCUAAAUUGUUGAACUUAAGCUUUCCUACUUUAAGUGCCUUUAAAAAUGUUUUGUAUUUGAAAUCUAAAAUGUAGAGGAAAUUAUUAUGUAGUUCUCAACAAUUUCCUCUUUAUUUUUACUUUGAGUUAUUUGCAGCAACUUUUUUUUUUAACCUUAGAUUACACAGGUCAGUAUAUUCAUAGAUUCUUCACUAUCCCACUAGUGAGUCCUUGAGAAAUGUAUGUUAAAGAUUAGCUCACUGAGCAGGUAAGUAAGUGCUUCAUCUUGGAUGGGCAACACAUCUUCAUACAGAGUAGGAUAAAGGACUAUUCAGAUAUUCUAGUGUUUAUAUUUAGAUAUUUCAAUAUGGAUGGUAGGCAUCCUGAGUUUGUUAAUGAUUAUUGUUGCAGAUCUCAAAUUGUUCUUUGGUAGCACAUAGUUCAUUACUCUAGAUUAGAUGUUGGCAAAUGUUUGGGUGAAGGGCCACAUAGUAAAUAUUUUGGGUUUUGCAGGUCAAACAGUCUCUGUUUCAGCUAUUCGCUGUUGCUACUGUAGCACAAAAGCAGCCAUAGACAAUGUGUAAAUGAGUGAAUGUGGCUAUGUUUCACUCAAACAUGAGAAGACAUUGAGCUGGAUUUGAUCCAUGGGCGAUAGUUUACUGUCUCCUGUCCUAGAUGGUAUAGUUCACUUGUAGUUCAAAUUAUUGGCUAGUAAUUUAAUUGCAACAAAUGGUUGUAGCAUCCCAUCCCUCUCUUAGUUUGAUGUAGUCUAGUUUGCUGAGUUUGAGUAUUUUUAGGAUUAUAAAGGUAAGUGGGAAGUGGGUAAGGGAAACUAGGGACUCUUAGGAGCUUGUGUUAAUUAAGAAGCACUUUUAAGCCCUUUUAUUUGCUGGAGCUCAUUGAGAGGUUUGCUUUGCUGCCAUAAAUUAAUCAAUUAUAUAAAUUAUUCUAAGCACUUGGCUACCUAGAUGGUAGUAGAGAAUGAAUCAGAUGAACCUUUUUACCUGAGUAUUUUAGAACACUAGACCAAUAAUUUAAGAGAGAUUGUGAAAUGUGAGAUUUUAUUUUGUCAUGUAAAGACUUAGAAAAAUAACUACCAUUUUCCAUCACCAUCACUUCAUUUAUCCCACCCCCUAAUGUUUAGGAAGAAUAUAAACUCAGAAUAAAAGAGUUAUUUAAUGUGAAUAAUUUUAAGUUGGCGGAAAAAUUACUACACUGUUCUUUUUUCAUUUACUCUAAGUCACUGAAAACUUUAUCAGGUAGUAUGAGUCCAUAGACUGGCAGUUGGGAAGUGCUAUGAUGUAGUUGUUGAAAGACCUAAUGUUAUAAAACUGUUAUUGAUUAGGAGAUGUAGUAAACCAUAUGCACUCUGAUAUUCAAACUAAAAUUUUUAUUGUGUUAAAUUGUAAGUGCCACAUAAUUAAGAGGGACAUUAUGAACUAUAGUGUUGUUAGGGAGGCAACCUUCGGAAUGCUGAAAAGGCCUGAGUACUGUGGAAAGUGAUUGCAGUUAAAGUAAUUGGUGAUAUUUAUUUUGGACAAGUUUAAGAAGAGGGAGUUUUCUUCAAAUAGUUGAGUGACUGCUAUGCGUAAAAAGGAAUCAAAUUAUUCUCUGUUCUAGAUAGAAAAAUUAAUUGUAAGAAAUGGAAGUUUCUGAUUCCACAUUUAAUGUGCUGUAUGAGAAUAUCUAAGUGAAAAUCGAUCUGUCAUAAAAUCAUUGCAAGUAUUCAAACAAAGCUAGAUCAGUGGUUCUAAAGUAGGAUCCCUGACCUAUCAGCAUCCGCAUCACUUGGGUAUAUUAGUGGUGUAGAUCUAAAAUUAUAGAUCACCAAGCUGAAAAAAUGCUAUUGGAAUUAGUACAUGUAAAAUUAAACUUAUUUGUAUAAAACUUUUCAGGGAAGACAUUUUUAAGUAGAAAUUGAUUUUGAUUAUUUAACACUAACUUCAACACAGAUUAUAAAUUGAUAAAAUGAUUGUUACUUAAUUAUUAGUGGUGGAACACUGGACCCUUAUAAUAAUUAAUAUACUUUUUUGUUUUAGUUAUAACAUUUAAAUAUAAGGUAAAGUUCUACCAUUUACUAAAAUAAAUUUAACUUUGAAUAAGUGACAUUCUUAAACAGAGAUGCUUCUUGAAUCUAAAACAGCCAUAUCAGUAGCAGAAAAGGGUAUUGAAGGAGCUUUCUCUUUUUUAUACUUGUUAGUGUCAAAAUAGUCAAAGAGGAACCAGGAGCAGCUGGCAGAUAAGUUUUUUCUGCAUUCCUCCUCUUCCCCUAUCCUGUAAAUAGAACUGAGUGGCAUGUCACGUAUCAUCAUUGACCAUGCUACACAUUUGGUAAAAUUACCCUCAACUAAUGCUGAUAACUGGGACCUCUGCCGUUUAAAACUCACUGUUGUGGAUGGAUUUUGUUUGCCUAUCAUGAGUUCAUUGAUAUAUUCUGCUUGUUGGGUACUAUGCGAAGAACUUUAGGGUUUUAGAUCUGUCAUUUGUUCAGGGUUCUGCAGUGAUCCCGGAGUGGUUUGUACUCAGGAUGUAUUACAUUGUGUGUGUGUGUGUGUGUGUGUGUGUGUGUGUGUGUGUGUGUGUGUGUGUGUGUGUGUGUGUGUGUGUUUAAUUCUAAUGCAAGGUUUUGGCCAAUCCUAUAAAAAUAAUGGAAAAAAAUUUAAAAAUUCUCCUGAUUUUGAAAGCCAUAAUGUAAUACAAUUGGUUUUUCAUAUAAAUUGUAAAUUAUGUUCAAAAACAUACUUAAUACUGUAAAGUGAGGUUUGUAACUUUACUAGAUGUAGUGACUUUUUUCUGUCAUCCUAACAAUGAAACCAAAGAGAAUAUAAAUACCAUUAUUGAGAAGCUAUUGAAGGCCAAGUGUAUUUGACUAUGAACAAGACCUGCGUUCUGGUCUUCAAAUCUGCCAAUGUAAACUUUUGGAAAAUAUUUUAAUUUUUCUGCUGACUAUGAUACUCUGAAUUACUUACUGAAUGUGAUGUUAUAUACAUUUAAGUGAAAAGUAUUAAAAAGAUGAAAACUAAAAAAUUAGAAUGAUAUGUGAAUGACAGACUGAGUUUGUGAAUUUUUAAAAUUAAAUACUUAGACUGUUGAACUAGAUUUAAUAAAAAUAUUUUUAACUUAA